AUUCAGUUCGCUUCUAGCGUUCUGCGGUGUCGAACGCAUACGCGCGACGCGAGCCACAGCGAUAGUACGAAAUUCGCGCGCUAAAAGUUUUUCGAAAUUUAAAUAAUUUGAAAUCCCGACUGCCAGUGUUUUUUUUUUAAUCGUGAACAAUGGUCAGAUGAUAUUUUUUUCUUUUGGUUGUUUAUUGUUUACGCGAACUUAAAUUUGCGUUUGAAAGACUUAAUUAGCAUUUAGGCAAAUUUUGGUCUCCUUGGCUGUGUUUUAGUUAUAUAAGUUUAGAAACAAGCUGGCAUGGCGAAUAUACUCAACUUGUUAGAGCUGGUGGUAUGCUCGCUACUAUUGUUGGAAGUAUCAGCGUACCACGGCAACGACCUGCCUCCAGGCCCGUACUGUGCCAAGGGGCCUGUCCAGUGCUGCAGAGACAGGAAGGAUGACUGUUCACAUGCCAUCCUAGGCACGAGAUGCUAUUGCGACGAAUUCUGCAAUCGGAACCACGACGACUGCUGUCCGGACUACGAGGAGGUAUGUCUGGGCAUCACCUCCCCCCCUCCCCCCGAGAACAUUGCCAAGCCCUGCCAAGACGGUGGUAAUAUGUACUACCCUGGGGACAAGAUUACCAGAGACUGCAACCAAUGCGAAUGCGUAGUCGAUCCGUACAUGGUCACCAAUACAACCUGGAGAUGUGAAGACGACGAGUGCCUGAUGGACGACCGUUUGAUCGGCCAAGUCAACUACAGGCAGAAGGACUGGCGCGCGCAACGAUACACUGACUUCGAAAGAAAGAAGUUGAAAGAUGGCAUGAUUUAUAAACUUGGUACCCUGAACUUCGACCCUGAAACGCUGAUGAUGAAUGUGAUCAGAUACGACAAACAGAUACAUUACCCGACCAGCUUCGACGCCAGAAAACAAUGGCCGAGCUACGUGUCCCCUGUCAUCGACCAGGGCUGGUGCGGCUCCGACUGGGCGGUGUCCAUCGCUGGCGUCGCUUCUGACAGAUUCGCAAUACAAUCCCGGGGCGCGGAGAACGUGGUGUUGAGUCCACAAACGCUGUUGUCUUGCAAUUGGCGUUACCAGGAGGGCUGUAGGGGCGGCCAUAUUGACGUAGCCUGGAACUUCGCCAGGACCCAUGGACUGGUGGAAGAAGACUGCUACCCGUACACGGCAACCCCAAGCAGAUGCCGCAUAUCGCAACGUAAAGACCUGGCUGGUAACGGCUGCAGGCCUUCGGGACAGAGGACUCACUUGUACAAGGUGGGCCCGCCCGGCUGGCUCAAGCACGAGCACGAUAUCAUGUAUGAUAUCAUGGAAUCCGGACCUGUACAAGCUGUAAUGACUGUGUACCAAGACUUCUUCCAUUACCGCGACGGCAUCUACCGCCACACUCACUAUGGAAACAACAGAUAUAAGGGACUCCAUAGUGUCAGGAUUGUUGGCUGGGGCGAAGAGAGAGGACAGAAAUAUUGGAUCGUGGCCAACAGCUGGGGCCGGCAGUGGGGCGAGGACGGCUACUUCCGCAUCGCUCGCGGCGAGAAGGAGUCGGGCAUCGAGUCCUUCGUGGUGACAGUCCUCAGCAACGUCGUGAAGGCCAACAAAUAACAGCGGGUCGGAGCGCUAGUGGCGCCUCUGUGCGUCGCUACGAGGGUGCUGAGGACUAGGAAAGGCAUAGUAUUGUUGAAUAGUACGAUUAGUAGGCCAGUGAAUUGAAUAUAUUUUCUAACCAGCCUUGUCCGAUAAAAUAUUAGGCCUUCUUCAGUUCCCGCCAUUUUUCCCUAAUCUCGACAGUUAAAGAUUCAGUUACUUUCGUUAUAUUGAUUUGUAUUCACUCAAGUCGUUAAAAUACUAAAACAUACCUACAUAACAUGUUAAAUAAAUUACAAACAGCGUAAGCUUUUGUAUUGUCAAUAGCGUUUUUAACACCAUGUAAUUGCAAGUAAAUAUUCCUGUUAUGAGUUUAAUACACUGGUUUAGUAGUUUUGUGCAUCCAUAGGUAUUUUUGGAUACAAACGUUACAUUACAUUCAAUUUCGGACAAAAUUUAUUGUGAACAUUGACGUUUCCAUAUCGACGUACUUAUAAUUAUUAUUAUAUUUUUGGAAGGAUAACAUCGUAUUUUAUCAUUUUAAAUUGAUGAAUUAAUGCGAAGUAAAUUUGCAAUAUGUCUUUGACCCCGAUUAAGGUUUUUUUUAAAUUUAAUGCCUUUUUUUUAUACGCAAUGUAACCCUGUAUAUAAAAAGAUGUACCGAGUAUGUAACUCGCGGGAACCUUUAUCUAAUACCAUUUUUUUGACCAAAUAAUCGGGGUUUAUAUACAUACAUGAUGAAAGCUGAUCUUAAUUGUAACAUCACGAUCUCCCAACAGCUAGAUAUGUAAGACGUAUGUUUUUUUUUUAUAUUCAACAUUAUAUUAUGGUUGUUUCAAUGGUUAAAUAAAAAGAAAAAAAUUGACAAUGAGUGAGCUAAACUCCUCUUGAUAUUUUUUUAGAAAACUCGCCUAGCGUGUCACAUCAGUGUGUAGUGAACACGCCUGUCGUAUUUUCCGCCAGUGUUAAGUGUUUUAAGGUUACGCUGGAAUUAGUACAAAAAAUGAUUUAUUAAAAAACCCACUAUGUUUUAACAAUAUUUUUGAGUAAGAAAAAAAGGUUAAAUGAAAAUAAAGUAAAAAUUCGAGCACUUAUUUAGAAUUAUUUCUAUAAUUCGUUUUUUUACUUAUAACAGUGACUAAUUCCAGUAUUUUUUAAAAAUGUAAAAGAUACGCUUUUGUUUCCAUAUUAUAAACGUAUUUAUUUCGUGAAUGUUAGUAUUAUUAACUGCCAUUUUAAUAUAAGUAUGCUGCUUUACUUACAAACUUUGUGAAUAUAUUUCAUUCAAAUAUAUAAAAA